CCCCAGAGCUAUUUGAACCCCUGUUGAGGGUCUCCGGUACAGCUGGCUGGCUGAACUCCACUCCUAAGUUCACGAGGGUGGUGAUUCCCAGGCUUUCUCGAAAUGUACCUCAUUUUCUGGCACACUUACCACUGAGGGUGAAUUCUCCUUUUAACAAGAAGAAAAUUCUGGUGGAGAGCUACCCAACAGGGAAAGGACGUGUGGCUGUUACGGUAGUAACAUUUAACAAAACCAUGGCCAUGGAGGAAAUUAAACUCACACAGAAUGUCCAUAAUGAGGCUCUGAGUGCUGAUGUUUCAGACAAGAAGAAGGGAGGCAAAUUCCAGCCUUUUAAGAAGUUGUUUGGCAAAAGGAAAAAGAAAGACACUUCGAUUUCCCGGGAGCCGGAGGCAGGAAGGAAGAGCCACUCUCCCCAGAGCGUCAGCAAUGGCACCUUCUCUUCCGAUGAGGAGACCCUGGAGGACAGCCUAAGGUCCUUCAACUAUUCUAUGGGAGCCCGGGCGUUUUCCCAUGACAGUAUUUUUAUCCCUGAUGGGGGAGCAGAAAGUGAGCAGACAGUUCAAGCAAUGUCACAGGACAACAUCCUGGGCAAAGUCAAAACUCUUCAGCGACAGUUGGGCAAGAACAUCAAGUUUGGGCAGCCGCCGCCCAGUGCCACCCCUAUGAAGAGGGCAGACAGCGGGGAGGCCAGCCUAGAAGGGGACCCGCUCCUGGCCAGUCCCAUGGAACCUGUGACUCAGCAGGACCUCAUCCUCCCAGACGCCGAGAACAAAUCUAGUGACACGCCAAGUUCUCCGAGUCCUCCGAAUCCGCCGGGAGCCAGAAGUGAGAUGGAAGAGAAGGCAGCUCCAGCUAAACCUUCUCGGCCAAAAAGGCACUUCUCUUCUGCUGGCACCAUCGAAAGUGUCAACCUGGAUGCCAUCCCCUUGGCCAUCGCUCGCUUGGACAACAGUGCCGCCAAGCACAAACUGUCCGUUAAGCCAAAAAACCAGAGGGUGUCAAAGAAGCACAGGCGACUUGGACUUGCCGGGGCUCGACCAAAUGAACAAGGAGGCCUUCCGAGCCAGCUGUCCCUGGACCAGAACGGACACCCUGGAGAAGACAAGCUGAUGUGGCACGAAGAGGAGCCGGAGCCUCUGGACGCCGAGGAAGAGAAGAGAUGCCAGGAAGAAUACUGGCGAGAACUGGAGGCCAAGUGCAAGCGGCAGAAGGCGGAGGCAGCCGAGAGGAGACGCCUGGAGGAGCAGAGGCUCCGGGCCCUGGAGCAGCGGCUUUGGGAAGAGAACCGCAGGCAGGAGCUCCUGGAGGAGGAAGGAGAGGAAGAGGGAGAGGAGGGAGAACCACAGCCAGAGGCAGGGAAGAGGCAGUGCACAGAGGAAAGGCGGAGGCUGGAGGAGCAAGGUGGCCCAGCCCCAGAGUGCAGGGAGCCAGAGGAGGGCGGGCCCCAGGAAGCGGGAGAGCAGGAGCCCCCGGAGGAAGAGGCUGAGCGGCUGCAGAGCCUCGCGCACCAGGAGCUGGAGGCGCGGAGCAGACAGGAGGCGGAGAAGCGGCGGCAGGAAGCAGAGGAGAGAGAGUUGAAGGAACUCAGGAGACUGGAGGAGCUGGAGGAGCAGAGGCGGCGGGAAGCGGAGAAGCAGCGAUUGGAGGAAGAGGAGAGGAAGAGGCAGGAGGAGGAGCUGAGGCUGCGGGAGGAAGAGGAGAGGAAGAGGCGGGAAGAGGAGGAACAGAGGCUGCGGGAGGAGGAGGAGGAGAGGAAGAGGCGGGAAGAGGAGGAACAGAGGCUGCGGAAGGAGGAGGAGGAGAGGAAGAGGCGGGAGGAGGAGGAACAGAGGCUGCGGGAGGAGGAGGAGGAGAGGAAGAGGCGGGAAGAGGAGGAACAGAGGCUGCGGGAGGAAGAAGAGAACCGGACGAAGGAGCUCAGAAGGCGGGAAGAGGAGGAGGCAAGGAGAAGGGAAGAGCCGAGAAAAAGGCAGGAGGAAGUGGAGGUGCAGCGGCGGCGGCGGGAAACGGAAAAGGAGCCUCAGGGAGCACGGAGAGGGGAGGAGAGCGGGCUGGGGGCGGACGACAGGAGCCCGCUUCAGACGGACUGUGCAGGGGAACCAGAGCACAUGAAGCCGGAGAAGCAAAGAGAGAACGCCGAGGCAGCAAGUGCCUGCGGGAAGCAGAGUCCCGAGGCUGAGCCCCCCGGAGAGCCGCAGGCGCAGCGGGGGGAUGCUCGCGGGCAGGAUGGGUGUGCGGGCCCGGAAGAGAGAGGCGAAGCCCGCACACCCCCUCCCCAGAAACCAGGGGUGUGUGGGGACAGAGACCGCAGGGUGGAGGAGCUGAGGUGGCAGGAGGUGGAGGAGCGGCAGACCAUGCCCCGGCCCUACACUUUCCAGGUGUCCUCGGGAGGGAAACAGAUUCUCUUCCCCAAAGUCAACCUGAGCCCCAUGACGCCCACGAGAGACGCGGGACUGGCCUCUGCUCCCCACCAGCCAAAGGCGCCCCGGGCCAGCCCGGCCCCCCACGCCCUGCCCUCGUCGCUGAGCAUCCCCCACACGGCCAUCCUGGUCACGGGGGCCCAGCUGUGCGGCCCCGCCGUCAACCUGAGCCAGAUCAAGGACACGGCGUGCAAGUCUCUGCUGGGUUUGUCGGAGGAAAAGAAGCACGGGGACGCCCCCACCCUGGACCACCCACCCCGCGCCCCGGCCGACCCCCGAGCCGGCGGCGGCGGGAAGGCCCGGCCCCCCCAGGAGUCGGCGAGCAGCGCGGCUGCCCUGGCCGAGUGGGCAUCCAUUCGGUCCCGCAUCCUGAAGAGCGCGGAGGGCGACCCGCGCGGCAAGAGAGACCAGCCCCCGCCUGGGGAUGAGCCCGCGCCCCGGGGCCGCUGUGACUCCCGGGGGGCCCUCCGGAAGACCCCGCCAGGAAACGCCAAGUUCUCCAUCAUGCCUGCCUGGCAGAAGUUCUCGGACGGGGGCGCAGAGACCUCCAAACAGAGCGCGGGAGCUGAAAGCACGAGAAAAAGGCCCGGGCUGGGGGCCAGCGACCAGACAGCGCCCCCGCCCCUGGCUGCUGAGAGCGAUGAGCCCCAGAAAGGCCCAGAGCCUGUGGGGGCGCGCCAGGAGCCAGCAGACACCACCGAGGGCUGCAAAUUUGCCAAAGACCUUCCAUCCUUCCUUGUUCCCAGCCCUCCGUACCCUCCGCAGAAAGCAGUGGCCCAGGCGGAGCCCGUGGCCACGUCGGGCAGUGAGACCGCCGGUGGCGCCGGAAAGCCGGACCCCGCGUUGCCAGGUGGGGAGGAAAAGGCCUCCUCACCUUUUGGGAUAAAGCUGAGAAGGACCAACUACUCCUUGCGCUUCCACUGCGACCAGCAGGCAGAGCAGAAGAAGAAGAAGAGGAACAGCAGCACUGGGGACAGUGCAGAGGCGGGGCCGCCGGCACCAGCGUGCACGGCUGGAGAGAAGGCGGCAGAGGGUGCACCGGCCCUUAAGCAUGGCCCAUCCCUCCCCGCAGAGAGCAAGCAAGGCCCCGGCAGCUGGAAGGACUCUGCCGUAAGCCCUUCCAGCCCCCCUCCCACAGCCCAGCCUGGACCCCCACCGGUCAGCAGCCAGACCCCGGCCCCGGAGCUCACCAAGGCAGCAAACAGAAUGCUGAUGGCGCAGAAGCCAGCCCUGGCGCCCAAGCCCUCCGGUCAGACGCCACCGACCUCCCCGCUCUGCAAGCUGAGCAGGCCCUACCUGGUAGAGCUGCUGGCUCGGCGGCCGGGGAAGCCUGACCCGGAGCCCAGUGAGCUGUGCAAGGAGGGCCAGGAGCACCGUGAGCCUGCGCCACCCUCGCCACCACCUCCCAGGAGGGAAGAGAAGGAAGAGGCGGAAGCAGAGAGGAAAGCUGCAGCCCCACAGGAGAAGCCUUCCCAAACGCCCGAGGCCGGGAGGAAAGAAAAGCCGGUGCUUCAGAGCAGACACUCUUUAGAUGGCUCCAAACUUGUGGAGAAAGUUGAAACCGCGCAGCCACUGUGGAUAACGUUAGCCCUGCAAAAGCAGAAGGGGUUUCGGGAGCAGCAAGCGACUCGAGAGGAGAGGAAGCAAGCGAGGGAGGCCAAACAGGCAGAAAAGCUCUCCAAAGACAACGUCAGUGUCAGUCCACAGCCAGGAAGCAGCAGUGUCAGCAGAGCUGGAUCCCUGCUCAAGUCCAUGGCUCAUCCAGAAGACAAGAAGCCGGAGACAGCAGGGUCCAGGCUUGAGCGCAGAGAGCAGCUGAAAAAGGCCAACACCCUUCCCACAUCUGUGACAGUGGAGAUCUCUGAUUCGCCUCCCCCAGCGCCACUGGUGAAAGAAGUCACAAAGAGGUUUUCCACCCCAGAUGCUGCUCCCGUGUCAACAGAACCAGCCUGGCUGGCUUUGGCCAAAAGGAAAGCCAAGGCCUGGAGCGACUGCCCACAGAUUAUUAAGUAAAGAGUGACUCUUCUCCAUUCCUAUUCCCAGUUAUUGGCUCCUCUCUUGUCCUUUUUAUUUAUUUAUUUUUUAUAUGAGGUAAAGAAACCAAGCUAGGGAAAAGAAGCAUGUUUUAUAGGCUCUAAAAUAACAUUUAGAAACUGAACUGGUGGUAUUCCUUGUAAGAGUGUAUUUGCACAACCCUAGGUCCUGGUGCCUUGAGCUCCUCCUAGUUCUAAAGAGAAAGUUCUGUCCGAGGGACCACAGGAAGCAAGAUCUCCUAAGAACUCCUCAGGAGAGCCUGCCACCCCAUUCCACAUGGACACCCACACACCACUGAACAUGUACUUUUGCCAAUCUUUAUCAUGGUUUUUUGACUCUGUGCUCCAAUUUCUUUCAUCCAAAACCUUUACCCUGCCAUAUUUAAGGAUUUCUAUCUUCUUCUACAGCAAUGGUGAAAGGACCACAGGGAGAGAGAAAUAAGAACUCUCCUUCUCCUGAGUGCAGCCAGUAACUGAAUUGCAAGUCACAGUCUGGCUCCCAACUCUGUGCCCAUGUCUGGUUUUCAUGAAUUUUCCCCAACCUGAACUAACACAGAAAGGGAAUCCAUCCACGCCUCAUCCACACUGAUCCACAGACCCCAUUACACCAGGACUCUCCUUCAGGACAUGUUCAACAUUUGGCCCAUUUAGCUCCUAGGGAACAUUUUUCUUUAAUAUGGUAAAAAAAGGAAACUACCAAUGCUCUUUCUGUCUGAGACUCCCCCCAUCUAGUGCAGUUGUUCUUGAGAUGUCCAGGCUCCAUCAGGCCUAGAAAUGUAUAUUCUGGCAAAACGCUUCAAAUGAAUUGUGAUAUAGCCAAGGUUGAGAACCUUGGAAUACACUGCUUCUACUGUAAUCUAGAUUUGAAAACUUUGGGAGACUCUGCACCCAAAGAAGCAAAAGUGAGAUGGGAAAAAUAAUAAAACCAUUAACAGGAAGAUAAGAUUUGGAGCCUUUGUACUAAGGAUCUCCUGUGGGAAGUUUCCUUCUUUACCAUAACUGACUAAUUCAUAUUCAGAGUCAAAUAUUCAAUAGCAUUUAUCAUUCAGAGCAUUCACCUUGCUACCUUUAAAAAACAUCUCAGAGUUUUAAGUGGCCUUGUUAUUAUACACAUGUGAUACAAAGAAGGGACCUGGCUAUUUAAAAGCCACAUAUAGUCACUAUUUCCCUAAAUUUGCUUUACAUGAAACAUAGACAUACAGCAAGCCCACACAUUGCUGCUGCUCAUUUUACAUUUCGUGGUGUUGGCACACUCCCAUUUUCUUAGCUCCUGACUCCCAAGUAUAAGUACAGAUCUUUUGCCCAGUGCAAGGAAAAUUACAUCCUUUUUUCCUCUUCUACAGAAAAAUACAUUUUAUUAUUAUGCAUCAUUAUUCUCCUUUAUGCUCACUUAACAGGCAAUGUGCUAUUAUUCUGUGCUGUUAUUCUACCAUUUACCUUACAGAAAGGAUGACUGGCAGUUAUUUACCAUAUAGAAGGCAUUUUCUUUCUGGAGACGAUGGCUCGGCCUUAUGGUAGCAGCUGGCAUGUGUGGUCAUAAGGAUAGCCGUACUCUUGCAAGUAGGAUUUAAUAUUAUAUAUAUACAUACUGGACCUUCAGACUGUUAAGAGUCAAUGGAACUUUAAUUUUUUUUAUCGCUAUGGGAAGCAAUACUCUACUGCACGUUUUCCAGCUGAUGUUCAUUUUUAAGUCAAAUAUGUAGACAUUUGUUAGUUUCAAUGAUUUCCUCACUAAUAUAACACUUUUUAAUAGGAGUUUUUUCACCCGAGUCCUGGAAUUUUAGUGCUACAGUAAUUCAUCUGAAUUGACCUUUUCUAUCAUCUUAUCAGUUUUGGAUGUCACAGUAAUGGCAGAGAGCAAGUGAAGAAAUCUGAUUAACGAAGAAUGGUAGAUGAGUGCACUCUGUACUGGCUCACUUACCAUAAAGCCCAUACGAAAUAGGAGAAAUAACUCAGUUAAAAAGUUUCCUUCAAAAUCUUUAAAAGAAGAGUAUACUGAGGAAAGCACAGUCACAGCAUUUACUUCCAACAACUUCUAAAGGCUAUAUGUUUAAUAUUUCAUGUAAAAAUUACUCCAAAUUUGCACUAAAUACCAAUGAAGUGUUAUUUUGCUUUAAUUGUGUUGCAGUCUUUUCUCAUCAACAAACUAUGGGGGAAAUUCUGUAAAAACAUAAAAAAUUCAAGACUUUUAAAAAAAUCCUAUUGCAAUGUUAAAUACACAGGUGGGUUUUUGUUUAUUUGUUUUUAAUUAAAACACACACACACUUCCCUUGGCAAGGUUCUAGAUGAUUAACUUCUGUUCAUAGACAUAUAUAUAUAUAACUAGAGUUUUUGUUUACUUUUUAAAUUUUUCAAGUGCAAUUGUUUCUUAUACAUUAAUUACUAUUAAAUUAUCAUUUUAGCCAGUUAUCAGCAAAUUGUAGUAUGUAUUGUCUCUUCUUGUGACAUUUAGCUUAAUUGCUUAUUUUAAAGCAGAAAUAUUAGAGUUACAAGUGUCUUGCAAUAUUUUUACCAACAAUAAAAUUAAGUAGAGGCUUAACCAUGAAAAUACCUUAGUGUGAUUUUAAUAUUAUUUUUAGAUUUUGGUUGUAUAAAGUUUUAAUGUAAAAUGUCCAUUAUUAAAGGAAAAAUGAUCUUUCAAUAAAAAAUACCCACAAGAUCUUUAGCACCAACAGAAUUUCCUUUUCAAGUUUAUGUCUUUACUAAUUUCAAGCAAGCUCAUAUUUACAUAGCUUUUGUUGCAAAAGAAAUACUUCAAGGCAUUUUAUAUGGUACCUUAUUAUAUUUUUUACUAGGUGUUUUUGGAGAAAACUAAUGAAUAGGGUCAAAUAAAAUGUUUAUCUUAAUCCUCA